CUCUCGGCCUCCGUGCGCGGCGGCAGGCGGACGCGUCAGGCCGCGGCUUCGGUGGGAUCCGCCGCCAUCCGCCGGUGCAGCCGCCGCCAUCGCCGGUGCAGCCGCCGCCAUGACGGAGCAGAUGACGCUGCGGGGCACGCUGAAGGGCCACAACGGCUGGGUGACGCAGAUCGCCACCACGCCGCAGUUCCCCGACAUGAUCCUGUCCGCGUCCCGCGACAAAACCAUCAUCAUGUGGAAGCUGACGCGGGACGAGACCAACUACGGGAUCCCACAGCGUGCCCUGCGUGGGCACUCGCACUUUGUCAGCGACGUGGUCAUCUCCUCCGACGGGCAGUUCGCCCUCUCGGGCUCCUGGGACGGCACCUUGCGCCUCUGGGACCUCACCACUGGCACCACCACCCGUCGCUUCGUGGGUCACACUAAGGAUGUCCUGAGCGUUGCCUUCUCCUCUGACAACCGCCAGAUCGUGUCGGGCUCCAGGGAUAAGACCAUCAAACUCUGGAAUACUCUGGGGGUCUGCAAGUACACGGUGCAGGAUGAGAGCCACUCGGAAUGGGUGUCCUGCGUUCGCUUCUCCCCCAACAGCAGCAACCCCAUCAUCGUGUCCUGCGGCUGGGACAAGCUGGUCAAAGUGUGGAAUUUGGCCAACUGCAAGUUGAAGACCAACCACAUCGGGCACACAGGAUAUCUGAACACGGUGACAGUGUCCCCUGAUGGCUCCCUCUGUGCCUCAGGGGGAAAGGAUGGGCAGGCCAUGCUGUGGGACCUCAACGAGGGCAAACACCUCUACACGCUGGAUGGAGGGGACAUCAUCAAUGCUCUCUGCUUCAGCCCCAACCGCUACUGGCUCUGUGCAGCCACCGGGCCCAGCAUCAAGAUCUGGGAUCUGGAAGGGAAAAUCAUCGUGGAUGAGCUGAAGCAGGAGGUGAUCAGCACCAGCAGCAAAGCGGAGCCGCCCCAGUGCACAUCCCUGGCCUGGUCUGCAGAUGGGCAGACUCUCUUUGCGGGAUACACGGAUAACCUGGUCCGAGUAUGGCAGGUGACCAUCGGGACACGCUGAAGCCCCACUUUGGGAAUCCCAAUAAACUAGCGCUCAUCACCA